CGGCCGGACCCUCCCCUGUAUAAUUACCACCCCUGUUCCGCCGUUCCUCCCAUCUCUGCUCGCGCGCUCGCUCUCACAGAAGAAGAAAAAACAGAGACAACUCACUCUUCCCUCUCCCUCCUCCUGCUUCCGUCUCUACGGGGGGACGACCUGAGAGCACGGGCGACGAUGGCCGGGACGGCGAACGGCGGCGCGAAGGCGGGGUGCUGCGGGGCGGCGAAGGGGCCCGGGUACGCCACGCCCUUGGAGGCCAUGGAGAAGGGCCCGCGCGAGGGGCUCCUCUACGUCACCUGUGUCUACAAUGGUACUGGAAUUGACAAGCCGGAUUACCUGGCUACGGUAGACGUGGAUCCAAAUUCUGCUACAUACUCCCAGGUGAUCCACAGGCUCCCGGCCACCCACAUUGGUGAUGAACUGCAUCAUUCAGGCUGGAACGCUUGCAGCUCUUGCCAUGGCGAUGCGUCCACCAGCCGGCGAUUCUUGAUUCUUCCGUCCUUGCUGUCAGGUCGCGUGUAUGUAGUUGACACUGCAAAGGAUCCGAGGGCACCUGCCUUGCAUAAGGUUGUCCAGGCUGAGGACAUUGCUGAGAAGACUGGGCUUGGUUUCCCUCACACAUCUCAUUGCCUUGCAUCUGGUGAUAUUAUGAUUUCUUGCCUGGGGGACAAGGAGGGGAAUGCUGCUGGCAAUGGCUUUCUCCUGUUGGAUUCAGAAUUUAAUGUCAAAGGACGAUGGGAAAAGCCAGGCCACAGCCCCUUGUUUGGCUAUGAUUUCUGGUACCAGCCUCGUCACAAAACGAUGAUUAGUUCAUCGUGGGGAGCCCCUGCGGCGUUCAGGACAGGUUUUGAUCUUCAGCAUGUCCAGGAUGGUCUAUAUGGAAGGCACCUGCAUGUAUACGACUGGCCUGGUGGUGAGCUCAAGCAGACACUGGAUUUAGGCAGUACAGGUCUUCUUCCACUGGAGGUGAGAUUUUUACAUGACCCAUCAAAGGACACUGGCUAUGUUGGCUGUGCUUUAACUAGCAACAUGGUGAGAUUCUUCAAAACUGCAGAUGGAUCAUGGAGCCAUGAGGUAGCUAUAUCCAUAGAACCAUUGAAGGUGCGCAACUGGAUUCUGCCUGAAAUGCCAGGACUGAUAACUGAUUUCGUCAUCUCUCUCGAUGACCGCUAUCUCUACUUGGUCAAUUGGCUUCAUGGGGAUAUCAGGCAAUACAACAUUGAGGACCCUGCAAAGCCUGUGCUGGCUGGACAAGUGUGGGUGGGUGGGCUUCUUCAAAAGGGCAGCGAUGUCGUCUAUGUGACUGAGGAUGAUACAGAACAGCAGUACGCUGUGCCCCAGGUCAAGGGGCAUCGACUUAGAGGUGGUCCACAGAUGAUUCAGCUGAGCUUGGAUGGCAAGAGGGUUUAUGUGACCAAUUCUCUCUUCAGCCGGUGGGAUGAGCAGUUCUACGGCCCUGAUCUUCUAAAGAAGGGCUCUCACAUGUUGCAGAUCGAUGUUGACACUGAGAAAGGAGGACUGACUGUCAACCCCAACUUCUUUGUGGAUUUCGGUACCGAACCGGAGGGUCCCUCCUUGGCGCAUGAGAUGAGAUAUCCGGGUGGGGACUGCACCUCUGACAUAUGGAUCUGAUUAAGAUAAUGGAUUUGGGACACAGGCAGGUGGAGAUCCAUGACACCGAGUUCACUGUAGUUAAGAUGGUUUCUCCCUGCGGCGUUGUAUGUGAUUGUGAUGUGGUAUUAGUUGGAAUAAGUUCUAGAUGGAACCUCGAACAUUGGCUUCAUGUGAACCUGAGCCUUAAUAAGAGAUGUCUCAAAGAAAAAUACUUAGAA